AUGCCGCUCGAAGACCUCCCGACCGAGCUGAUAGUCCGCGUCCUCAGCUCGGCCAGCUCGCUAGCCGACUUGAAAGCGCUGGCGGGCGCGUCGCGGCGCCUCUACGCCGUCUUCCAGCGCGAGAAAGCCGCGCUCAUCUACCAGGCGCUCGCCGCCGAGCUCGGCCCCGUCCUCGCCGACGCGCUCGGGCUCGGCCCCAUCCUUGCCUUCGACGCAUCAUCUGACGCCGCCAACCUCGCGCCGCUGCGCGAGGCCGUGGCCCGCUACGGCGAGUACCUGGAGGGAACCAGCCACACCCCGCCGCCGCGCCGCGCAUCCCUGGACGACGUGCUCGGGCUGGUCUGCUGGUACCGCUUCGUCGCGGACAUGGCCGACACGUACGUCGCCUACACGCUCAGGAUUGCCGAGCGCGCGGUUCGACUGGUUGCUGCUCCGGAGCCCAGCCGCGCGGUCCAACUGGCUGCUGCUCCGCCCAGCCGCGCAGAGCGGCUGAGGGCGCUGCGGGCCUUCUACCGCCGGCUGAUGCUCGAGCACGUGUGGCACGUCCGCAACAACUGGGUCCGCCGGCCGCUGCUGGCGCCGCGUAUCGUCAAGUUGGACCAGAUCAUCCGCCGGCUCAUUACCCUGUGGGCGCCCUGGGAGCUGCAGCAGGUCGUCUGCGCCUAUUUGUAUACCGGCGGGCAGAGAUCUGCGGUGUUGCACCCGCUGGUGUGGCUCGAUACUAUCUCCCGAGACUCCGAAGAGGAAGUAGCCAGGUUCCGGAACCGCUUGCGGCUCGAGUCUCUUAGUGCAGUUGACGAAGGCCCCUACGCUCUUCGUCGGGUCCCGGCGCAGCUCCGCUUCGACGGCGACCACGUUGCGACCGUGCCGUUCGCCUGGGUGGAUGCCUUCGACGGCGAGUACCUGUACGACUUCUUCGCGUAUCGAAACAUGAUCCAACGCAGAGGAAAGCGUGCCGAGAGCCUCUGGUGCCUCUUCGGCUUCGUCAUGUGGGACGCCCCCCGCGUCGCCGCUCUCAAGGAGACUCCGCUGCUGUCGGUUUGCGAGACGGGUUGGGCACGCUGGCCCUACUGA